AUGGAUACGAAGCAGAGCGUCGCGGCGGUGGUGAAGCCGUCGUUGGAUGGCGGUGCCCCGGCCACGGCGUCGUUCCGUCUCCGCAACGGCAGCCUCAACUCGGUUCGCCUCCGCCGGGUAUUCGACCUGUUCGACAAGAACGGCGACGGUCAGAUCACGGUCGACGAGCUGGCGCAGGCGCUGGAUUCACUGGGGCUCGUCGCCGACCGCGAGGGCCUGGCCUCCACCGUGGGCGCAUACGUCCCCGAGGGCGCGGCGGGGCUUCGUUUCCAGGACUUCGAGUGCCUCCACCGUGAGCUGGGUGACGCGCUCUUCGGCGCGCUGGACGACGUGCCUGAGGAUGGCGAGGCCGGCGCGGGCGGGGACGAGGAGGAGAUGAAGGAAGCGUUCAAGGUGUUCGACGUGGACGGCGACGGCUUCAUCUCGGCAACCGAGCUGCAGGAGGUGCUCAAGAAGCUGGGCCUCCCCGAGGGCGGCAGCCUCGCCACCGUGCGCCAGAUGAUUUGCAACGUCGACCGUAACAGCGACGGCCGCGUCGACUUUGGGGAGUUCAAGUGCAUGAUGAAGGGGAUCACGGUGUGGGGCGCGUGACCAUCGAAACCAAUCCGAUCGCACGCUGCAACAAAUCGCGCAUCGUCUCGUUCAUGGGUGGUGAUCAGAAUCGGUUUCCGUCGAUCAAAAAUUGGUUGCUAUGUACAUGUGCUUAUAUCUUUUAUUCAUGCGUCCUUCACUAAUUAGUCAGUUUAGUGGUGCUCGCCAGGAUAAUCAUUCCCAUCUUCCAAUUAUGGGCAAUUUAUAUUUCUAAUACUAAAUUGUACCA